AUGUCGAGUCUGCCGUGGAAGACGCACCGCCCGCUCUACUAUCCCGAGAAGGUCCGUCACUUUUGUCAGGGCUGUGAUGAUAAAAGAUUGGACGGCUUGCGCUUUUGGUGGGUCAGGCUUGAUCAAGAAACAUACGACUGUCCUACUUGCCAUGCACAAGACCUUAAUGCAGCAAUGCCAGAAGGCUACGAGGGUAUCACGAUAUGGAAGGACAUGGUUGCUCGUAAAGACGAACUCGAUGGACUUGCUGCAAAGAGCCAGUCCCCGCCUUGA